CGUCACUCUUUCCAUUCGCACAGAACUACCAUCUGACACCCUUUCCACCAACAAUCCCUUUCUAUACCACAGUUUAGAAAGGUCAAGUGUUGAUAUCAAGUUAUUCUCCUCGUGAGAGGGAGAGUGCUUAUUCGAGACCUCUGAUCUGGCAUAGACAUCACGUUUUGGCGUUCUCCCAGACCAUUUACCACCAAUAGCCUGAGCCUUCGGGGGCGCCUUGGUCGGUCACAAUGGCUGACGAGAUUGUGAUUGACAAAGCUGUGUUUUUUAAUCGACUAUCAAGCUUCUACGCAGCAUGGAAAGCCGACAAACGAUCGAGCAACACUGCGUUCAGUGGUGUUGGAUCCAUCAUUAUCCUCAUGGGGAAAACGGAUGAGGCCAAUAGUUUCCAAAAAAAUAAUGCUAUGCAUUUUUGGCUUCUAGGUUACGAAUUUCCUGCGACACUAAUGAUCUUCACAACAGAAAUGAUGUAUGUCGUAACGACUGCAAAAAAAGCCAAACAUCUUGAACCAUUGAAAGGGGGCAAGAUUCCGGUGGAAAUCUUGGUGGUGACCAAAGAUGCAGCGGAGAAAACCAAGAUAUUCGAAAAAUGUAUUGAUAUAGUCAAAGGAGCUGGUAAAAGGGUUGGUGUGUUGCCGAAGGAUACUACGACUGGCCCAUUCGCGGAAGACUGGAAGCAAACUUUCAAGGAAGCAUCGAAAGAACUCGAAGAAAUUGACAUUUCCCCAGCCCUUUCGUCUGCCGCCUUCUCGAUAAAGGAUACUGAUGAAUUGGUGUCCAUCCGCAAUGCCUCGAGAGCCUGUAGUGGUUUGAUGUCCGAAUACUUCGUCGAUGAGAUGUCUCGACUACUUGACGAAGAGAAGCAAAUGACUCACAAAGCCCUUUCUAUGCGCAUUGAUGCCAAGAUCGACGACACCAAAUUUUUCAAUAAGCUCGCAAAACUACCGUCGGAGUUCGAUCCUCAACAAAUCGAUUGGGCUUAUGGACCCGUUAUCCAGAGUGGGGGAAACUACGACCUCAAACUUACAGCUCAGCCUGAUAACAAAAAUCUCCAGCCCGGAAUUAUAAUUGCAGGGUUCGGAAUUCGAUACAAAACUUACAGCUCAAUCAUUGCACGUACUUAUUUGGUGGAUCCGAGCAAGUCACAGGAAGCAAAUUACGCUUUCCUGUUGAAUCUUCAUGAAACAAUCAUCAAAGAUAUCCGUGACGGGGCAAUCGCCAAGGAUAUCUAUGCAAGAGCAGUUGGUAUAGUCCGAACCAAGAAGCCUGAGUUGGAGAAUCACUUUGUCAAAAACGUGGGGUCUGGCAUCGGAAUCGAGCUCAGGGAUUCGAACAUGUUGCUCAAUGGGAAAAACAACAGGGUUCUCAAGAGUGGCAUGACUCUUUCUGUCACGGUUGGAAUAACCGAUGUUAAGAACACGGAUUCCAAAGACAAAACCAAAACCAUUUACUCGAUGGUGAUCACCGAUACCAUCCGUGUUGGAGAACAUGGUCCUCAUGUUUUUACCAAAGAUGCAGGCGUCGACAUGGACUCUGUAUCGUUUUAUUUUGGAGACGAGGAAGAGCCACAGAAACCAGCUAAAGAGAAGAAAGAGAUCAAGUCCAGCGCUAUCGCUGGGCGCAAUGUGACUCGCACCAAACUACGUGCCGAACGACCCACUCAAAUCAACGAAGGAGCGGAGGCUCGACGACGCGAGCACCAGAAGGAGUUGGCUGGCAAGAAGACAAGGGAGGGCCUCGAACGAUUCACUGGCACAACAGGGGAUGACAAUGGCAUCUCCCAAAAGAAAUUCAAGCGGUUUGAGUCCUACAAACGAGAUAAUCAACUACCAACCCGAGUGAAGGACCUCACUAUCUAUGUUGAUCACAAAGCCUCGACUGUCAUUGUUCCCAUAAUGGGUCGGCCGGUACCUUUCCACAUCAGCACCAUAAAAAAUGCCAGCAAAAGCGACGAGGGGGAGUAUGCAUACCUACGAAUAAAUUUCCUAUCUCCCGGGCAAGGCGUUGGAAGGAAAGAUGACCAGCCUUUCGAGGAUUUGUCGGCACAUUUUCUGAGGAAUCUUACUCUUCGUUCCAAGGAUAACAAUCGUCUUGCUCAAGUCGCCUUGGACAUUACAGAGCUAAGGAAAAAUGCCUUGAGGCGCGAGCAGGAGAAGAAGGAGAUGGAAGACGUGGUUGAGCAAGAUAAGCUCAUGGAAAUCAGAAAUCGCCGCCCUGUAAAAUUGCCCGACGUUUACCUUCGACCACCAUUGGACGGAAAACGUGUUCCUGGUGAAGUGGAGAUACAUCAAAAUGGACUACGAUAUAUGUCGCCCUUCCGAAAUGAACAUGUUGACGUGCUUUUCAGCAAUGUGAAGCAUUUGUUCUUCCAGCCUUGUGCCCACGAACUCAUCGUUCUGAUCCAUGUCCACUUGAAAACUCCUAUCAUGAUCGGAAAGAGAAAAACAAGGGAUGUACAGUUUUAUCGUGAGGCGACAGAAAUGCAAUUCGAUGAAACUGGCAACCGAAGACGGAAACAUCGAUACGGAGAUGAGGAAGAAUUCGAGGCUGAACAGGAGGAGAGGCGGCGGAGAGCGGCGUUAGACAGGGAGUUCAAGGCUUUCGCAGAGAAGGUCGCAGAUGCUGGUAAAGACGAAGGUGUUGACGUCGAUAUUCCGUUCAGAGAAAUUGGGUUUACCGGUGUUCCCAAUCGCUCAAAUGUGUUGAUUCAGCCAACUACAGAUGCUCUCGUGCAGUUAACGGAGCCUCCUUUCCUUGUGAUCACCUUGAACGAGAUUGAGAUUGCUCACCUUGAAAGAGUACAGUUUGGACUCAAAAAUUUCGACAUGGUCUUCGUGUUCAAAGAUUUCCACAGGCCUCCGGUGCACGUCAACACUAUUCCAGUUGAAUCCUUGGAGGGUGUUAAAGAUUGGCUUGAUUCUGUUGACAUUGCAUUCACAGAGGGCCCUUUGAACCUUAAUUGGACAACUAUAAUGAAGACCGUUGUCAGUGAUCCUUACGGGUUCUUCGCUGAUGGAGGUUGGUCGUUUCUUGCUGCGGAGUCGGACUCGGAGGGUGGGUCCGAAGACGAAGAGUCUGCAUUCGAGCUAUCCGAGUCAGAAAUGGCUGCAGCAGAUGAGAGCUCCGAAGAUGAAAGUGAAUUUGACGACGAUGCGAGUGCUGAGGCUAGUGAAGAUUUCAGUGGGGAUGAGGACAGCGGUGAGGACUGGGAUGAACUGGAAACGAAGGCUAAAAAGAAGGACAGGGAAGGUGAUCUGGAUGACGACGACCGAGGUAAGAAGCGAAAACGAUAAACAGUUGUCGCAAUUGUUUAAUCCCCAUGCUGUGCUCCGUCUUACUGGUAUGGUGGUUUUUGAGGUUUGUCAAUUUGGGAGGAAAGUUGAGUAGCCAAGCACGUUGUGCUACAGUUCUAUGAAUGUAUUAGAUGUUUACUGGUAAUUGAGGGAUUAUCAUCCAU